AGAAGCUUAUUCGUUCUUUUAUUCUCUGGAGGUCUGCAUGGCUAACUCGGAAAUCAAUGAUGAAUUAUCCUCGCGCCUACAAAAGUUGUCGGGUCUCUUGCUCGCAAUGAAGACCGAAUCUAAGGAAGCACCACGCAUUCGGGAGGAACAUGAGCACGAUAAACAAGCUCGUAGAGAAGAGAAGGAUAAACGAUUGGAGCAACUCCGAAGUCAGCUGUCUAAACUUAAACCAUGUCGUGAAGAGAAGGACCAGCAGACUGGUACAUCUGAAUCCUCUGCAUCUGAAAGUGGUGGGAUAUCGGGAAAAUCUUCUCUUCUGAUGAAGAAAUCUGUUGACCAGUUCCGCAACGAUUUAGGAGGCAUCCUUCGGACUUUCCAUGAUGAACUCCGGGAGGGAAAAUAAAUAAACAGCAUACCGAAAAUAUUCUCUCCGCAAUGCAUGGUUCUCGCCAUUAAUAUAGAUACGUAUGAAGGUGAGGUGAAAUGGAAUCCGAAGGGCAGUCCAGCGAGCGCUGUUAAUAACUGUCAAUUUUCAAA